AGGCGAUCGGUCUUAAUGUUGACGGCUGAGAUUGAGCAUCGGCCGAGUGAAAAAAAUUGCAAUUUUAUGCACUCAAUCUCAGCCGUCCAAUUCCCUACUCCCCGAGCGUGCAGCAGUCAGUGAACAAUUCUAGUCAACCCACGAGUUGAAACCUAUGUGAGAAAAUGAUCGAGAGAAAAAGAUAGAGAGGAAUAAGUGAAAGGAAACAAACAAAAUGGUGGUGGGGUUUCUUUUGGAUUUGUAGGGAGAUAGACAGAUAGUGUUAGGCAGUCCUUAUUGGUGGCAGGAGUAUAUUAUAGCUGAAGGAAGGAGGAGUGAGAAAUUAGAACAACUCAAGUCUAGAGAGGAAACCAAAACGGAAAAAUAACAAAAAGCACAGAUGCAGUUCUGUUCUUCUUAUUCCAAUCUUCUCUCCUCUUGUUGAUUCGUUUUUGGAAUCCCUGGGAUCAGCUCUGUCCCGUGUUGGGUGGUUUCUGUUAGAACAUAACACCAAGAACUCUUGCUCUUGCUUGGUCUCAAUUUCAGUUCUUGCAAAGGUACUUUGAAAGCCUUGGGAACUGUGUUCAAGUGCAGUAAUCUGAAGUUCAUCGUCCCAGGAACCAUCGUUUUCCUUAGCUCCAAUUAUAUGCAGCAAAGCCGAAUUGCCGAUAGUUUUGAAUUCUUUGUUUUUUUCCUUUUGCAGUCAGGUCCCUUUGAAGCCAAAUACAGUAUCUUUGCAGCUUUGACAGCACCCAUCUGAUGACAGAGUCAAUCACUAUCACCCCUCAUCCUUGUAAUGAUCCGUCAACUGGUCGCAUCUUCUGCUUCUGAAGAGGAUGGCCACAUUCUUCUCCACUUCCACCAAUCAGAGGGACCUCGCCGGCGGCGGCGACAUGUCGUUCCACCACUACAUCAUGUCCAAUCCGUACUCGGACUCACCAACCGGCGGUCUGAUCCCCCUGCCCGCAACCAUCGUGCCGCAAGGCCACGUUGCGCACGGCAGCGACGGCAGAGACGAGCCAGCCGCGUUCGUAAACACGAGAGACGGACCAACGAGCGAUGCCGAAAUGGGCCUGCACACGCAGCUGCACAUGGCGAGCGCGUCGGCGGCGCAGAACCAGGGCCUGUCGCUUAGCCUCGGUACCCAGGAAGUUCCGGUGCCUCUUUACCAGUACCGCCCCGCGGGCAUGACCGCCGCCUACUUGCUCAGCCCGAACCAGUCGACGGCGGCGAUCAGGAACGCGCAGAGCAACAUCUACAUGCAGAAUUCCAAGUACCUGAAGGCGGCGAGGGAGCUGCUGGACGAGGUGGUCAAUGUCCGGGACGCGAUCAAGCGGAAGGGGGACAAGAACAAGAGCAAGGAUUCCGGCGAGAGCAAGGACGCCGAGAAGAGCGAGGAGAAAGCCGGCGAGCACGAGGGAAACUCGUCCGCAGAGCUGACGGCGUCGGAGAGGCAAGACCUUCAGAACAAAGUGUCGGCGCUGAUGGCACUGCUGGAUCAGGUUGACCGAAAGUACAGGCACUACCACCACCAAAUGCAAAUCAUCAUGUCGUCCUUCGACGCGGUGGCUGGCGCCGGCGCGGCGAGGCCGUACACGGCGCUCGCGCUGCAGACGAUCUCCCGCCACUUCCGGUCGCUGCGUGACGCCAUCGGCGCGCAGGUGCAGUCCUUGCGCCGGAGCCUAGGCGAGAAAGACACCUCCACGCCGGGCGGCGGGCUGUCCCGGCUGCGCUAUAUCGACCAGCAGCUGCGGCAGCAGCGUGCCAUGCAGCAGUUUGGCAUGAUGCAGCAGCCGCAGCACGCCUGGCGCCAGCAGCGCGGCCUCCCGGAGUCCGCCGUCUCCGUCCUCCGCGCCUGGCUCUUCGAGCAUUUUCUUCACCCGUACCCGAAAGAUUCCGAGAAGCUGAUGCUCGCAAGGCAGACCGGAUUGUCCAGGGGCCAGGUAUCCAACUGGUUCAUCAACGCGCGUGUUCGUCUGUGGAAGCCGAUGAUCGAGGAGAUGUACAAGGAGGAAUUCGGCGCGGCGAUGGACUCCAACUCGUCGUCGGAGAACGCUGGCAACAAGGGCAAGGACGAGGCGAUAUCUUCGGAGGACCGGGACGAGUUCCAGAGCCCGUCGAGCGCCGCAAAGAAAGGCGCAGUCCAGCUCAGCACGUUCAAGUCGGAGGCGAUGGGCGGACUGGACGCCGGCCGCGUCGUCCUGUCCAGCCUCGACGGAGCUGUGGGCACGUACGCUACCAGCCUCAACCUGAGCCACCACGGCGACGCGAGGUUCGUGGCGUACGGCGACAUGGCCGGCCACCUCGGCGGCUACGACGGCGGCAGCGUGUCGCUGACGCUGGGCCUGCAGCACUGCAACGACGCCGGCGCCGUGCCGGCCGAGCAGCAGGGCCUGCUGUACGGCAACGCCGGCGACUUUGAGUUCAUGAACGGCUCCGAGGACAGACAGCGGUUUGGCUCGUCGCAGCUGCUGCACGAUUUUGUCGCGUGAGCGGCCGGCGUGCGCAGCGUCAGAAGCCUGGAGUGCGUGGAAUAACGCGGACGGCGUCAGAAGCUUGGGGCGGCCGGCCGGCGCCGUCGCGGGUAUACGACUAUACGGGGGUUACAGUUCCUGGUACACGGUUAUACGCAUACUGGUGUGGUAAGUGAAGUAGGGGAGGGGUGUAUAAAGUGUAUAUCAGGUGAUGGUGUAGCUUGCUGUAAAGAUAGAUUGGUAUUUUUGCUAGCUUGAAGAUUCGUGUACUGAUGAUUCAAGUCCAGAUAUGAUGUGUUGUUGGUCCAAUUGGACCUCAGUCCAUGGCUUUCUUGGAGAUUGUAGACAACAAUGUUUCAUGUUUUGUACCAGUUCUCAGUCCAGCUUCUAAAAGCAACGCAGAAACAGAAAUGCA